AUGAAAAAUGUUCAUUUAUUUAUUGCUCUGCUUCCUAAACCUCUCCUUUUUCUAUUUUUCUCUCUUUUACAGAUCGCAGCACUAGAGCGUCAAGUCUUUGACUUCUUGGGCUACCAAUGGGCUCCAAUUUUGGCUAAUUUUCUACACAUCAUCGCUAUCAUACUAGGCCUGUUCGGCACUUUACAGUACAGGCCGCGCUAUGUCAUUGCGUAUGCCAUCUGGGCUUCUGUGUGGGUGACCUGGAAUGUAUUCCUUAUCUGCUUCUACCUGGAAGUUGGCGAUCUGUCCAAGGACAGCGAUCUUCUGACGUUCCACGUGUCUCAGCACCAGUCGUGGUGGAGUGAACAUGGACCCGGCUGUGUCAGGAAGGAGGCCCCUGUAGCUGGCAUGGCCGGCCUGGAGAGCCACUCUUACGUAUCGGUGGUGGGAUGUGCCAUAGAGUACCAGUAUAUUGAGGUCUUACACAGCGCCACCCAGAUCUUGCUGGCGCUCCUUGGCUUUGUGUACGCCUGUUAUGUGACCAGCGUCUUUACAGAAGAAGAGGACAGCUUUGAUUUCAUUGGUGGAUUUGAUCCAUUCCCCCUCUACCAUGUCAAUGAAAAGUCCAGUCACCCGCUGUUCAAGCAGAGCUAUUUGUAAGUAUAA